UGCAUUGGGCGGGACCAGGCUGCCAGCCGCCUGACUGGAGGAAGCGCGCGUAUGCUGUGUGCGUCACUGGCAUUCAGCUUGCGCCGUUCCCUGACAUCAGGUCCGGUGGAAAGGUGAAAGGUUCAUUUCCGGUGAAAAGUUGGUUGCCGCAAUGACAACGUUACGAGCGUUCUGUUGUGAUGAUCUUUUUCGCUUCAACAACAUAAACCUGGAUCCGCUUACAGAAACUUAUGGGAUCCCCUUCUACCUGCAAUAUCUAGCUCAUUGGCCGGAGUACUUCAUUGUUGCAGAGGCCCCAGGAGGAGAGUUAAUGGGAUACAUUAUGGGGAAAGCUGAAGGAUCCGUGGCAAGAGAGGAAUGGCAUGGACAUGUGACGGCUUUAUCUGUAGCUCCAGAAUUUAGACGCUUGGGACUAGCAGCUAAACUAAUGGAACUACUGGAGGAAAUAUCUGAAAGAAAGGGUGGAUUCUUUGUGGAUCUAUUUGUACGAGUAUCCAAUCAAGUAGCAGUGAACAUGUACAAACAGCUUGGCUACAGUGUCUACCGAACUGUGAUAGAAUACUACUCAGCUAGCAAUGGAGAACCUGAUGAAGACGCUUAUGAUAUGAGAAAAGCCUUAUCAAGAGAUACAGAGAAGAAAUCAAUAAUACCCCUUCCUCACCCAGUUAGGCCUGAAGAUAUUGAAUAACUUUAAGCUGUGGCUCUUGGGCAAUUUAUAAACUUAAAAAAAAACUAUAAUUUUACUGUUUUAAUAUGAGAAUGCUAAGAGUUGCAAGUAAGUCUGAAUAUUUUAUUAAAGGACAGAGUAUUCCUCAGUGUUUCAGUACUGCGGAUAAAUUAUUAAUUAUUUUUAAAGAGAAGUUUGAGGCCCAAUUUCCCACAUUCAGUUUAUAGUCCUAAGAGCCACAGCUUUAUCAUGAAAUGUUUGCAUUUAGCAAUUUUCUUCCCUAGCGGAUAAUAAUAGCCCUUGAAAUACAUUAUGUAUGUAUAUGCAAAGAGAUCUUGUAUUUACUUCAUAAAUGUUUGUGUAACAUUUAAUUUGUCACUUUUGUGAUAUUUAUGAUAUGUUUGAAUGUUGGCAGCUCCUCUUUGAGGCUCAGUGUUUGGUUGAACAGUUGUAGGCAGAAAUGUCUAGGCUGCCUGUUGCAGAGAACAAUGUUUUGCAGCAGCUGAGAGAGUUUAAUUUGUAACACUGGUGUUGCACGCAAGUGCUGUGAAUAACUUCAUUACAGUGUAUGUUUUUCACUGGGAAAAGAACUAUCUAACGAAUUUAUACUGAUAAUGUUGACACUUUAAACUCUUAAGGCCUCUAGUACCUUUAUGGAGUUUUUUUCUGCCAUUAACUAGAUACAGCAGAAAUCUGUAUAACAAAAAGCAGCAAUUUUUUCAUUUGCUGUGUUAGUCCAGCUAUCAGCCAAUUCACCUGGGGGUUUGAAGGGAGAGUGAAAAGGGAAGAUGAGGAAAUUCUAUAGUCUUAGCAGUCCAACCUUUUGAUGGGUCAAAGUGGGGAUGGGGUUGGGAGGGGGCAGAGAAUCUCAUGUAUUGAUAUAAAUCAGGGCUUCUUUAAAAGUUUCAUUUUUGCUCAGUUUUAUUAUAUUACCAAGUUGCUGCAAUAAACUGUCAAGUUUCAAAUGA